AGCAGCCCCGCCCCUGGUGACGUAACGCGCUCAGCUGUGCGGUAAACAGCGGCGGCGAGCGGCUGCGGACCGAUGCCGACCCCAUCGCAGGGACGGACGGACAGCAUCAGGAGGCGACAUGCCCGCUGCAGCUCCUCACUCGUUCGUCCUAAGACCCUCUGACACCCUCAUCUUCACCACCUCCACCCUGCGGCACUGAUGAAGCCUCCCCUGUCGAACCCACAACGGGCCGAAGGGCGGAUAGAGGAGAGAGAGGAUGUACUGGCGCGUCGGAUUCGCCUGGAGCCGUUCCUGCGCGCUUGAACUUGGCCGGAACAAGAGCUUCUCGUUCGGCUUGUGCGGCUCCGAUGAGCAUCUUUCGUUGUAUGCGUACAUCAUCGCCUACCCGCUGCAGGAGUACGGAGGGAUCAUGUCUGCUUUAGGCUCCGACUCCUGGUGGAGGAAAACACUAUACAUCACCGGGGGCGCGCUGCUCGCCGCCGCUGCCUAUUUGCUACACGAGCUGCUUGUCAUUAGGAAAGAACAGGAGUUGGACUCUGAAGACGCCAUCAUUCUGCAUCAGUUUGCCCGGCCCAAAACCGGAGUCCCUAGCCUGUCCCCCUUCUGCCUGAAGAUAGAAACCUACCUGCGCAUGGCGGACCUUCCCUACCAGAACUACUUCGAUGGGAAGUUGUCUCCUCAAGGGAAGAUGCCUUGGAUCGCGUAUAAUAAGGAGCAGGUGUGUGGGACUGAGUUCAUCAUCGACUUCCUGGAGGAGAAGCUCGGCGUGAACCUCAACUCCAGCCUGAGUCCUCAGGAGAAAGCCAUCUCACGUGCCAUCACCAAAAUGGUGGAGGAACACUUCUACUGGACGAUAGCAUACUGUCAGUGGGUGGACAAUGUGGAGGAAACGCAGAAGAUGUUAGCCACAAAUGGGCCGCUGAGUGACCUGCUCAGGUGGAUCUUGAGUCAGGUGAACGGUGGCAUCGUGAAGAGAGAGAUGUACGGGCACGGGAUCGGACGCUUCUCCAAAGAGGAUGUUUACACUCUGAUGGAGAAAGACAUGCGCACCCUUGCCACACUCCUUGGCGAUAAAAAGUAUCUAAUGGGCCCGAAGCUUUCCACAGUAGAUGCUGCUGUAUUUGGUCAUCUUGCUCAGGCUAUGUGGACUCUCCCUGGGACACGUCCGGAACAGUUAAUCAAAGGUGAGUUCAUCAACCUGGCCAUGUACUGUGAGCGAAUCCGCCGGAAAUUCUGGCCGGAGUGGUUUGUGGAUGUCGACGACCUUUACUACGAUGGACUGAGCGAGGAGCCGGAUUCUCCUUCCCAGCUUCCGGAUUUGGGUCUCUAUUCUCGCAGCGGCAGCUUCCAGGAGCAGGACAGCUCUCUGUCGCACCACAACACCCCGUCGCCGGACAGCGACAUCACCGGACGCUCCCUAUUCGAUUCUGACAUGGACACAGAAUGCUCAGAAACGGAGCAGUUGAAGUGAUAAACACACCCAUUUAUGAUGUAUCUGCACGGGCCCCACCCCUUUGUUUUCCCAAAAACCCUUUAGCAGGGGAAGGGCUGGUCAAAUGAAGAUGUUAUCGAAGUGACGUGGCGAGGGAUGGCAGUAAAGCAAAUGGGAAAAGCAUUCUGACAAUUUUUAUUUGACGAAAGAGAGGAUUUUAUUAAAUGAGGAAAGGCCUGGCCAGAGAGAAUCCUGAUCAACAGGAAGAAAAAACAUCAAACAGAAUAAUAAAAAUGGAUGGAGUGAAAAUUAAAAGGAGUGAAUGACGCUUCAGCUGAAUCACUCCUCCCGCAGUGUGACAUCAUCACAGUGCUCGGAAUCAUCAGAAUGACAUCAUCACAUGUGACCACCUCCCAUUUACCAUGUGUGUUUGUAGCUAAACGGCAUUUCUUACAUCCUGGGAUUUAUUAUUAUACGGGUAGUCAGACAGAAAGAAGGAUUUUAGGUGAUGAUUGAAAUGUGUAGAUACUUAUUAAGUGAAACACCUUGACUAAUUUAGGCAGCACAAUAUUUCAUAGUCCAUCUAAAAUUCAUGUCCAGUUUUAUUCGGUCAAAACUAUGAAGUGUGUUAUGAAAGAGCAAAGCAAGAAAAUUUGUGAAUUAUUAUUGUGAUGUCUGACCAGAAAUCAGCUGAUGUUAUUUAUGUUCUCAAACCGUUGCAGCAAACUUGCCAUAAUUAUGCAAAGCAUUAAUUAAUAAUUCACCCCAAAAAAAGGAAAAUUAUAAAAUUUACUGUUUAACAUAGACAAUUGAAUCAAAGUUUGCGUUUUUCAUAUAAUGGAAAAAAUUGACAAUUCUUAUUUUUAUGGAAUAUUGCGGUAUUUAUUAUAAAUGAUUUAUUCUUGAACAUUUUUACUUUUUUUUAAUUCAUAUGCCCUUAAUCUUUAAUCAAAAUAACUUCCCCUCCCUAUUGCAGCAACAUCUCUUCUCUUCUGAUGACGUGUUUACUGGCGCGAGGGCGGGACAACCUGUCACUCACAUGAGGUCGACCAAUAGCAAACCACAACCAUCCAAUCAAUUCCCCAUGGACAAAAUGAAGUCCCGCCCUAUAUUUUGUCUAUAUAUUCUUCAGAUAUACAUCACAAUAGAGAAGAAAAAAACAAUCGCAACUUCUGUAUUAUGUCGACUUUACACAUGACGCGAUGUUAAACGUCAGUGAUGUCAAAUGCCAUUGGCUGCCAUUGGUAUUAUUAUUAUUUUGUUUGUUUUUUUUGGAUGAAUUAUUCAUAGUGAAUAUGUUCCAGUUACAAAAAUAAUGUAAAUGCCUUGCAGAUUUUGAAUCUUAUUUUUUCAGUUUAUCAUACGAACAAACAGGAAAACAGGUCUCAUCGCAUCCGCUUGUCGGAGAAAGUGUAAACAGCAAGAACUGACGGCGAUAUAUCUAUGGACUUUUAAGGUAAUCAGCUAACCUAGCUAGUUAAUUUUAUUGUUAACGUUUUAUUCAAUUUUAAUAUCCGAAUGUUAGUGAGAAUUUAAAAAAAAAACUAAUCUCUAAAGGCAUCUAGAGUAAAACAGCACAUACAAACGAACUAAACCGGAAGCGAUGCAACCUGUUUUACAGAAUAGCUACGGAAGUUUGUUGCGCAGCAUAACCGUAUUGAAGUGUUUAUCAAUCAUAAAACACUCAUAUAUGUGUGUGCAGCUGUGCUGAAUGUGUAGGUAAAACAUCAUUUGUGUUUGUCGAACAGCAAACACUUCGGAUGGGUUUCUGUGAUUGUGCAAUAGCGCCCCCUGUGGACUGAAUCAUGGCUUACAUUGACAUGACAGAAAGCACAGGAGGAGAAUAGAACAGAAUACCCCGGUAAUGCAGCAGUGUUACUCAAAUGUAGCGAUUACAGAAGGGAGGCACAUAACACAAUACAGAUGGAGACACACAGCUGAUGCCCGUGUACGUGUGUGUCCAUCUGCUGCAUGACUGAGUCACUGAGUCAUCGUUACACAUGAAUACACUCGCAGGAAUCAUCUCCCAGGGGCUGAUGCACAACGAAUGACACAUCCAAGACGGGAGACUUAUGUUUUUUUCUGUUCCGUAGUGAGAUAUAAUCUGUAUCUUGCUGUGCCAUACACACAUCCUUCAUGUUACCACAAAUGCCCUUUUAUUAUCUUGAAAGUAAUCCUGUCUAUGUCGAGCUCUUAUAAGAAAGAAUGGAAAGUGUUUCGCCAUUUUUACGCCCUUUAAAUGCAAAUGUACCUAUCUGAUGUUUGUUCAAACACAAGUUCGCCAAAAUUGUUAGAAAAUGUGUAUGAAAAAACAUUUUUAUAUAAACAUCAGGUUCACUAACUGAAAAAGGCUACUGUUUGAAAAGGGUUUGCAUGCCUUUAAUUAUUUUUUAAAAAGUGCAUAAAAUUGGCAGUCAAUCUGAUUAAAACUAUCAAAUUUUUUCUUAAGAUGUUUGUUUACUUGCUUGUUGUAUUUUCUUGAUUUAAGACUGUGCCUGUUUCUAUAAACAAACAAUUAUUAUAUAUAUUUUUUAUAUUUUUUUUAAUGUAAUUCCUGAACCACUUGACCACUUGUUUUAUUUAUUUAUGGCUUAUGAUUAAUUUUAUAUUUUCAAAGUAUCGCAAAUGACUUAUUCUUGACUUUUAUUUUCAUAUUUUUUUUUGUGAAAAUCUAGUUGUUUUAGUUGCAAAGGUUUGCUCUGAGAGCUGUGUGUUUUACACGCUGUAAGUUUGAUUAUAUUGAAUGACGAUGUUCACUAGGGCAGAAUUCAAGGCCUCGCUACUAUUGCAAAUGAAUUUUUAAUGCUUAUUUGUUGAGCUUAGCCAGUUUUAUCAUCUCAUACAUGAUAAUCUUGUAGUUAUUUACCUCACAAGACUCACGACCCCACUCGUAUGCCAAAUGUGUUGGAAAUAUGGCAACACACAGAUGGAAUAAUGUUGGAAAGCCAAAGGUGAAAGUUCAAAUCUCUCAUAUGUUUUCUCACAGGUGUGUGUGCUGAUUUUAGAGCCAUACUACAGAGUCUGUGUUGUGUGUAUCAUGACCCUGAUGGAUUUAUGGAUUUAUUAUGGGCUUGACAUAAUAUUGGGGAGGGAGGGGUUGUGUACAUGAAUGAUCACUGUAACAUAAGGAACUAAAUUUGUCUGGCGAAUGUGUUAAAGAUACUCAAAAUAUUUCAUGAAAUAUAGCUGUAUUAAAUGAAA